AUGCAGCGUACAGGAGGUCGUGGAGUGGAUAUCGUAUUAAAUUCCUUAGCCGAAGAAAAAUUGCAAGCAUCUGUUCGUUGUUUAGCAAAUGGUGGUCGUUUUCUGGAAAUUGGAAAAUUUGAUAUGAUUUCAAAUAAUUCCUUAGAUAUGUCUAUCUUUUCCAAAGGUAUCAGUUUUCAUGGUGUUUUAUUAGAUAAAUUACAUUUAUCAAGUUUAGAACGAAAGAUAACGCUGUCGAAAAAAAUAGAAGAAGGUUUAGAAAAUGGCGCUAUUAAACCGCUGUGUAGAAAAGUCUUUAAAAGAAAUGAAAUAGAAGCUGCCUUUAGAUAUAUGGCCUCUGGAAAACAUAUUGGUAAG